GCUCUGCUGGCCUGCCAGUGAAAGAAAGAAAAAAAUACUCAGCUGAGCCACAGUUAGAGAGAUAGAGAAGGGAAUAGCUGCGGACAGCAGCUUUUGGUUAAGUCUCUCUAAUCAGCGACCUGGUACAUAUUCUUCUGCAACUUUAAAAGACGCUGCAAUUGAUGGUUUGCUAACAGUGCAUUUAAAAUACUUGAGGGUCUUGCGUUUGCUUGCCUUGGGUAAAGGACUUUCAACGGAUUAAAGAGCCAGUGGAUUGCAUAAACUGCAGCCGGUUUGCACUGCUUCUUAUCGGGUGUUACCUGCACUGAGAUGUGGAUAUGGCUAGGGAAAUAAGAAGGAUGUCCCCUGUUUUACAACAGUUUGGUUCCCAGCUCUGGAUGCUGCUAUUUCUUUUACAUGCCUUUGCGAUAAAUGGAUACAAAUCGCCGAGCUGUCACGAAGUAAAGACUGCUUUUCAGCUUAGACAGAUUGGACCACUGAAGUGGGUUCCUGAUGUCCCAACUACUGAAUCUGACAUGAAAAUCUGCCUGCAAAAGGGGUUGACAUGCUGUACAAAGAAGAUGGAAGACAGCUACCAAGGAGCAGUACAAAGAGAAAUAUUGCAAACCAUACAGUCAUUCAGCUUUGAACUGAAAUAUGUAAUUGUUGGACAUAAUACAGCUUUGCAAGAGGCCUUUGAAGCAUUGAUUCGAAUUGCUGCCAACCACACAGACUCCCUUUUUGAGACUGUCUACAGGAAUAUGGCACAGGAUGUCACAGAGACAGUAAAGGAACUCUUCACAGACAUCUCUCUCUACAUCUUGGGUUCUGAUGUGACAGUAGAAGGCGCUAUCACUAGGUUCCUGGACAGCCUUUUCCCAGUUGUUUACAGUCGGGUAAUAAAUCCAGGAAUUGCCAGAUUGUCAGAAGAAUACAUAGAAUGCCUACGGAUGACCAGGCAGGAUGUAAAUCCCUUUGGCCAGUACUCCAAACAGUUGGUAACAGAACUGUCAAAGUCACUUCAGGCCAGCAGGUUGUUGAGCAUGGCCUUGAAUUUGGGAGUUGAGGUUAUAAACACUACAGAGCAUGUGACUUUCACAAAGGAGUGCAGCAAGGCAUUGGUAAGGAUGCAGUACUGUUCGCACUGCCAUGGGCUAACACUGAUCAGACCCUGUGUUGGAUAUUGCCUCAAUGUCAUGAGAGGCUGCCUGGCCAGUGUAGCAGAACUGGACGCUCACUGGAGGGAAUACAUCUUAAUGCUGGAAGAGCUGACUAACAACAUGGCAGGGUCACAUGACCUGGAACUUGCUCUUUUGGGAAUAAGGAGCACUGUAAAUGAAGCCAUAUUAAAUGCACAGCUAAAUGGGCCUCAACUGACCUCUACUGUUGACAAAGUAUGUGGGCAACCUGAAAUAAAAGAAGUCAGCCCCUCCCCAGAAAAUAUGAUUGCAGCUGAAGAUCCUGUACAUGUUACAAAGCCCCCUAUGACUGGCAAAGCUGCCAGUCUGACUCAGAAAAAGAGCCCUCUGCCUUUGAAACCUGCAAAGAACGAUAGGCCACGGAUGAGAAAAAUAUCUCGGGAACUGAUGAACUAUAUGCGAGGAUACAAGACUUUCUUUGCAUCCUUAGCUGAACGUCUGUGUGAUGGUGAUCUGGUUGUACGAGAUAGCUCUACAUGUUGGAAUGGUGAGGAUGUUGUCGAAAGUUACACAAGAAGAGUGGUCGGAAAUGGACUCAAAGCACAGGCUGAUAACCCAGAAAUGCGAGUUCGUGGAUGGGAUCCUACAAUUACUCAAAUCAACGAAAAGCUUCAGCAAUCCAAUCAGAUGCUAGAGGGGAAAAAGAAGGCAAAGCCUGAAAAGUGGACUAACACUGAGGUGGGAAGUGGGGAUGGACUUCUUGAUAUGGAGACUAGUGGUGACUGUGAUGACGAGGAUGGGUGCCAGGGAUCAGGGUCACAUGGCAUUGACAAGAAUCGACCAAUAUAUGAGACAACUGGAAAUGAAAUAUAUACUGAAGGGAAAGGAACGCAAGGUACCAGUGUGAAAAAGACAGACACAGUUUCUGUGACUACAACCACAAAACCACCACCUGAGAAGGGUUCAAGAGGAACUGCAGUUAGACAAUUAACAAACUGUUGGGCAUUAAUUCUAACUACUAUUGCACUGCUAACUCAUUGGUUCUUGUAGUCACAAACUUAGUGUAGGCAACUUUUAUUGACCUCUUCCUGUUUUCUUUCAGUAAUCCACCUACAGCCUUAACCAACACAGUGUUAAAAGGAAUUCCUGUCUCCUUGUUUAUAUAUUUAUCUGCAUCACAGUGGAUGUCAGAACCAAACAACAGCUUUGUGAUUUAAUGUAAAAUGGAUACUGUAUAAAACUAAUUUGAAAGAUGACUACGAAAGAGGUUUUCCAGCCACAGUGUUAUUUUAGUACAUUGUGGUUAGAACUAGUGUAAAGAAUAUAUUAAUAAAUGUUUUACUCUAUAGAGCUAUUUUAUAUUUGCAAUAUGGCACACCAGAGUGUGGUUUGUUAGCUUAUGACACUUUUUUAUGUGACCAUAUCCAGUGCAUGAAAAGGUUUAGGCUUAGUAUCUGUACUGCUGUGCCUUAUUGCUAAACCAGCACUGAGUUCUAAAAGAAGAACACAACAAAGUCCUUGUCUGCAUGAGAGAGUAGUGUGUUAUCAGAAUGGGAUAUGGAAAAUAAUUUUUUGUGUAGCCAGCAUGUAGCUUUGAAAAUACCUCCCUUGUGUUGAAGAGACAGGUAUUUUGCAAAUUACUGGAAUAUGCUGAAAUGCUACUUAAUUAUAAAAUGUACAGUAACUAUUAAUUAACUUGUGCUUGAUUUAUAAAUCGCUAUGAGGCAUACAGUGUUAGAAUCUUGCACUGAAUGUUUGCAUGGAAUUUUCAUCGAGUACACUACAAGAGUUCUGUUGCCCUGACUGAUGGGGCAUUCACUACUAAAGUGUAAGGCUGGUGAUGUUGCUUGCCAGAAUAAGGACAGAAAAUAGUAUCCAAGCUCUGUAGACGUCUUUACAGAUUCUGCACUUUUUAACUUUAGUGGUGGUAGUGAUAUGGAGGAAUGUUCACUGUCGAAUGAUAUACUGACUUUCUUUUUUCAUGUUCUCAUCUCUAGAUUCAUAUAUAUUUUACAUUAAAACAUAAACAUUUUUAUCACAUCACAUAUAACAUACUGUAUGUAUCUGUCAUAAUCCAAAGAACUAUGUAGGGUUUGAAAUUGUAUUAGCCGACAAGGAAAGGGUUGCAACUGCUGUUUCUUUCUACUAUUCUUAUCACAUGAUAUAGUAUAAUAUAAAUAUUCUGUUGUGUUGUAACAUUUGUCCUGUAUGCUUCACCACUUGAUGAUUUACAGCCAUCAAAAUGGGUUAUUGCAUCAAUGAUUACAUUUCUUUUGUAGCA